UAAAACUUUAGGAGAAUGAUCAUAUACCCAAAAGGUAACGACAAGGACAAUGGGAGUGGAUUUAUUUCAAUGUAUGUCGAAAUAGAUAGCACAAGCCUCAUCUCCACAACUCCAACUGAGGUGUAUGCAAAUCUCCAGUUUUUUGUUUUUAACAAAAAAGAAAACAAGUACUUUACUAUUCAAGAUGUGGAAUCGAAGCCGUUCAAUACACUAAGAACAAUGUGGGGAUUGCCGCAAGUGCUUGCACUUGAUACAUUCAAUGAUCGUAAUAAUGGAUACCUCUUUGAUGGAGAUCAUUGUGAGUUUGGUGUUGAUAUCAUUGUUGUUCCACCUCCAACCAAAUGGGAAAUGUUAUCUUUUGUGAAACUUCCUUAUCCUAAGUUCUCUUGGAUUGUUAAAAACUUCUCUGAGAUAAAAGAUAAUCCUUACACAUCUGACAGCUUUUCAAAGGGAGGAAAGAAAUGGGUUCUAAAGUUGUAUCCCAAGGGCUACUCUAUAGAAGAUAGUGAAUGGUUAUCCAUUUUUCUGUACUUAGCUGAUGGUGAGAUUUUAAAGGAAGAUGAGAAGAUUUACGUGCAAGCAGAUGUGAAAGUUGAAGACCCAUUUGGAUCCAAUCACCUGACAAUCCAGCUUAACCGGUGGUUCGAUACACCAGACCUAGGUUAUGGUUGGGAUCAUUUCGUGUCUGUAGCUGAACAUCGAAAGUCUUAUUUGGACAAGGAAGACACUUUGAAAGUUGAGAUCGAAUUUAAAGUUGUUUCUGCAACUAAAUAUUCUUCCGUUACCUGAUUAGUUCUACUUUUU